AAAGAAACUGUUAGCCAUCCCGAACCACAUCUCGAUGAUGCAGAAUGUGAUGAUAAGCCUUUAAGAAUGUCUCUCAAAGAAAUCGAUUAUGAUUCCAAAACGGUCGAAGAUACUUUAUCUCCAGUAAGAGCACAGCAGGAGGAAUCACCUGAACAAGAUGAAAAUAAAUUCAUGAGCGAACGCAUUCCUCCUGGGACUGAUGAAGAUCUAGUGAGUAGUGAUUCCUGGAAAAAAUCUGUGGAAGAGCAACUACUUGAAACUGGUGAUAAAGAACCAGAACUUGAACCGAGGGUCGAGGAAGAAUAUGUCGGUAAAAGGGGGAUAGAAUCAGAUAGAGGGACGGGUGUUAUUUCCCCCAAAACAGCAGCUGUGUUACCCAUCGUAGUACCGGUAGAAGCUAUCGUAGCAUCUAGCCAGAAAAUAGCGGAGGUUCCUACACGGGAAGGAAAAGUAGAAUCGCCUAAGGAAGAAUCUCGAGUUCUUGUCGAGGAACAGGACAGCACGUCUUCCACGAAAGAGACUGCUGAACCUGUAGGGAAGGAGCGAGCAGAGUCUCCUGAUGAGAAACCCUUAGUCGGUGUAGAAGAAAAGAGAGCAGACUCCACUGGUGAGGAGCUUGAUAUAGAUGUUGGGAAAGGAACGGCAGAAUCUCCUGAGAAGGCGGCUGUAGUACCUGAAAAGGAAGAGAGGGCAGAAUCUCCUGAGGAGGCUGUAGUACCUGCAGAUGGGGAGUUGAUAGAAUCUCUUAAGGAGCCUAUAGUACCUGACAAAGAAGAGAGGGCAGAAUCUCCUGAGAAGGUGGAUGUAGUACCUGAAGAGGAGGAAUUGAUAGAAUCUCUUAAGGAGCCUAUAGUACCUGAACAAGAAGAGAGGGCAGAAUCUCUUGAGAGGGUGGAUGUAGUACCGGAAGAGGAAGACAGGAUAGAAUCUGAGAAGGUGCCUGGAGUCCCUGAAAAGGAAGAGUUGGCAGAAUCUUCUGAAAAGAAGGCAGCAGUACGUGAAGAGGAAGAAAAGAUAGAAUUUAAGGAGGCUGUGGUACCUGAACAAGAAGAGACGGUAGAAUCUCCUGACAAGGAGACCGUAGUGCCUGAAGAAAGGGAGAAGGCAGAAUCUCUUGAGAAGGAGGCUGUAGUACCUGAAGAGGAAGAGAGGGCAGAAUCGCCUGAGAAGGAAGCUGUAGUAACUGAACAAGAAGAGAGGGCAGAAUAUCCUGAGAAGGAGGCUGUGGUACCUGAACGGGAAGAGAGGACAAAAUCUCCUGAGAAGGAGGCUGUAGUAGCUGAAGAUGAAGAGAGGGCAGAAUCUCCUGCGAAGGAGGCUGUGGUACCUGAGAAGGAAAAGAGGGCAGAAUCUCCUGAGAAGGAGGCUGUAGCACCUGAAGAGGAAGAGCGGGCAGAAUCUCCUAAGAAGGAGGCUGUAGUACCUGACCAGGCGGAGAGGGCAGAAUCUCAGGAGAAGGAGGCAGCAGUAUCUGAAGAGGAAGAAAAGAUAGAAUCUGAGGAGGCCGUAGUACCUGAACAAGAAGAUAGGGUAGAAUUUCCUGAAAAGGAAGCCGUAGUGCCUGAAGAGAGGGAGAGGGCAGAAUCUCAUGAGAAGGAGGCUGUAGUACCUGUAGAGGAAGAGAGGGCAGAAUCUCCUGGGAAGAAGGCUGUAGUACCUGAAACGGAAGCAAUGGCAGAAUCUCCUAAGAAAGAGGCUGUAGUAGCUGAAGAGGAAGAGAGGGCAGAAUCUCCUGAGAAAGAGGCUGUAGUACCUGAAGAAGAAGAGAGUGCAGAAUCUGCUGGGAAGGAUGCUGUAGUACCUGACGAUGAAGAGAGAGCAGAGGCUCCUGAGAAUGAGGCUGUGGUUGCUGAAGAAGAGAGGGACGAAUCUCCCGAGGAGGCUGUAUUAGCUGAAGAAGAAGAAGAGAGGGCAGAAUCUCCAAUGAAAGAAAGAGAAUCAUCCCCUGACAGGGUAAUUAUCACACCAAUGUUGCAAGUGAGUACACAACCAUUCAUUGGAUACGUUCCAGUCCCAGUAGCCGAGCAGAUGGUAGAAUCUCAUCUGAAGGAGGCUGUAGUACCUGAACAGGAAGAAAGGGCAGAAUCUCCUGAGAAAGAAGCUGUAGUACCUGAAAAGGAAAGGAGGGCAGAAUCUCCGGAGAAGGAGCCUGUAGUACCUGACGAGGAAGAGAGGCCAGAAUCUCCUGAGAAAGAAGCUGUAGUACCUGAAAAGGAAAGGAGGGCAGAAUCUCCGGAGAAGGAGGCUGUAGUACCUGACGAGGAAGAGAGGGCAGAAUCUCCUGAGAAAGAGGUUGUAGUAACUGAACAAGAAGAGAGGGCAGAAUCUCCGGAGAAGGAGCCUGUAGUACCUGACGAGGAAGAGAGGGCAGAAUCUCCUGAGAAAGAGGUUGUAGUACCUAAAGAGGAAGAUAGGGCAGAAUCUCCUGUGAAGGAGGCUGUAUUACCUGUGGAGGAGUUGGUAGAAUCUCUUGAGAAGGAGCCUGUAGUACUUGAACGAGAAGAGAGGGCAGAAUCCCCGGAGAAGGAGGCAGUAGUAACUGAACAAGAAGAGAGGGCAGAAUCUCCUGAGAAGGAGGCUGUAGUAACUGAACAAGAAGAGAGGGCAGAAUAUCCUGAGAAGCAGGCUGUAGUACUUGAAAGGGAAGAGAGGGCAGAAUCUCCUGAGAAGGAGGCUGUAGCAUCUGAAAGGGAAGAGAGGGCAGAAUCUCCUGAGAAGGAGGCUGUAGUAACUGAACAAGAAGAAUGGUCAGAAUCUCCAAUGAAAGAAAGUGAAUCAUCCCCUGACAGGGUAAUUAUCACACCAAUGUUGCAAGUGAGUACACAACCAUCCAUUGAAGACAUUCCAGUCCCAGUAGCCGAGCAGAUGGUAGAAUCUCCUCUGAUGGAGGCUGUAGUACCUGAACAGGAGGAGAGGGCAGAAUCUCCUGAGAAGGAAGAUCUAGUACCUGAAAAGGAGAAGAGGGCAGAAUCUCUGGAGAAAGAGCCAGUAGUACCUGACGAGGAAGAGAGGGCAGAAUCUCCUGAGAAGGAGGUUGUAGUACCUGAAGCGGAGGAGAGAUCAGAAUCUCCUGGGAAGGAGGCUGUAGUAGCCGAACAAGAAGAGCGGACAGACUCCCCUGAGAAGGAGGCUGUAAUGCCUGAAGAGAAAGAGAGGGCAGACUCUCAUGAGAAGGAUGCUGUAGUACUUAAAGAGGAAGAGAGGGCAGAGUCUCCUGAGGAGGGGGCUGUAGUAGCUGAAGAGGAAGAGAGGGCAGAAUCUCAAGAGAAGGAAGAUGUAGGACCUGGCGAGGUAGAGAGCGCAGAAUCUCCCGAGGAGGCUGUAGUACCUUCAGAUAAAGAGAAGGUAGAAUCACCUGAGAAGGACGUUGUAGUAAGUGACAAGGAAGAGAGGGCAGAUUUUCCUGAGAAGGAGGCUGUAGUACCUGAAACGCAAAAGAAGGCGGAAUCUCAUAAGAAGGAAGCUGUAGUACCUGAAGAUGAAGAGAGAGCAGAAUCUCCUGAGAAGGAAGCUCUAGUACCUAAAGAGGGUGAGAAGGCGGAAUCUCAUGAGAAGGAGGCUGUAGUGCCUAAAGAGGAGGAGAGGGCAGAAUCUCCUGAGAAGGAGGCUGUAGUACUUGAACAAGAAGAGCGGGCUGAAUCUCCCAUCAAAGAGAGUGAAUCAUCCCCUGACAGAGUAACUAUCACACCUGUGUUGCAACUGAGUACACAACCAUUCAUUGAAGACUUUCCAGUCCCAGUAGCCGAGCAGUUAGUAGAGUCUCCUGAGAAGGAGGCUGUAGUACCUGAAGAGGAGGAGAGGGCAGAGUCUCAUGAGAAGGAGGAUGUAGUAGCUGAAGAAGAGGAGAGAGCUGAAUCUCCUGAGAAGGAUGCUGUAGUACCAAAAGAGGAAGAGAGCAGCCAGCAAUCUCUCCAAAAAGGGAGUCUGUAGUACCUCGAAAAGGAGCGAGAGGUUUAGAUAUCUCCCGAGAAGGAGGGUGAAGUAGCUGAAGAGGAGGAGAGGCGCAGAAUCUCAUGAGAAGGAUGCUAUAGUACCUAAAGAGGAAGAGAGGGCAAAG